AUGGGAAAGACUACUACACCAGAAUUGAAAAAAUACAUGGACAAGCGUCUCUCACUUCAGCUGAACGGCAAUCGCAAGGUUACUGGUGUUCUUCGUGGAUUUGAUCCCUUUAUGAAUAUUGUCUUGGAUGAAACUGUCGAAGAAAUCAGUGCUACUGAAAAACACAACAUUGGCAUGGUGGUUAUUCGUGGCAACAGCAUCUCCAUUAUGGAAGCUCUUGAACGUAUUUAG